CCCCAGCCAGGGAAUUUCAAUUUGAAACCCGGCGGAGGGUGGAGGCGGCGGGAGCGGAGGACUGCGUCCGGGGCUGGAGCGGGACGCGUCCCCGGGACGAGCAAGCUCGAGAGGGGCGGUGUCCGGUGUAAGCUGUAACCAUGACUACUGAAGUUGCCUCUGCAUCUGAGGUGAAGAAGGGCUCUGACCCGUCCGGAGCAGAUGCCCACAAGGAGAAAGCUAGAGAAGUAGUGGAGAAUGAGCAGACUGCAGCGUCUGAGCUGGACGAAGGGAAAGCCUCCCAGCCAGGCCCUACAGCUGAGAGCCAAAGCAGUCCCCACCGGCGGAAGCGAGGGAAGGAUCCAUCUGAGAACAGGGGCAUCUCUCGCUUCAUACCCCCAUGGCUUAAGAAGCAGAAGUCUUACAGCCUUGUAGUAGCCAAAGAUGGGGGAGAUAAAAAAGAGCCUACUCAAGCGGAUGGGGAAGACCAGAUCCUAGACAAAGAGGGUACCCUUCCCGAAGAAGAGAGUCGGGCCAAGGGGGAUGCCGAAGAAAUGGCUCAGAGGAAGCACCUGGAGGUUAAGGUGGAGGUCAGGGAAGAAAAGUCGGUCUUGAAAAGCAGUGCUGAGAUCCAGCCUGCUGAACAAGUGAGGAAGGACAAGGAGGAGGAGGUGAUAGAGGAUAUACAGGAAGAGAAACCGGAAGGAGGCGCAGCCAAAAGAGAGACGAAGGAAGUUCAGACAAGUGAGCUGAAGGCAGAGGUGGCCUCUCAGAAGGCCACCAAGAAGACCAAGACUGUCCUGGCCAAAGUGACCCUCUUAGAUGGCACAGAAUUCAGCUGCGACCUUGAGAAACGCGCUAAGGGACAAGCGUUGUUUGACAGAGUAUGUGAGCACCUGAACCUCUUGGAGAAGGACUACUUUGGACUUAUAUUUCAGGAGCAUCCUGAGCAGAAAAACUGGCUCGAUCCUGCCAAGGAAAUAAAGAAACAGCUGAGAAGUCUUCCCUGGCUGUUCACUUUCAAUGUGAAAUUUUACCCUCCGGAUCCUUCUCAGCUGACUGAAGACAUCACCAGAUACUUCCUGUGCCUUCAGCUGAGGCAGGACAUCUCCUCUGGCCGCUUGCCCUGCUCCUUUGUGACUCACGCCCUAUUGGGGUCCUACACCCUGCAGGCUGAGCAUGGGGACUAUGACCCAGAAGAGUAUGACAGUAUUGAUCUUGGUGACUUCCAGUUUGCCCCAACCCACAACAAGGCGCUGGAGGAAAAGGUGGCAGAACUGCAUAAAACUCACAGGGGCUUAUCUCCAGCACAGGCUGAUUCUCAGUUCUUAGAAAAUGCGAAGAGGCUUUCCAUGUACGGCGUUGACCUGCACCAUGCCAAGGACUCCGAAGGUGUGGACAUCAAGCUGGGUGUGUGUGCUAAUGGCCUUCUCAUUUACAAAGACAGACUGAGAAUCAAUCGCUUUGCUUGGCCGAAGAUUUUGAAGAUUUCCUAUAAGCGAAGUAAUUUCUACAUUAAAGUUAGACCAUCAGAGCUGGAACAGUUCGAGAGCACCAUUGGAUUCAAACUGCCAAACCACCGGGCAGCCAAAAGGCUAUGGAAAGUCUGUGUGGAGCAUCACACUUUCUACAGACUCGUGUCUCCAGAGCAGCCACCAAAGACCAAGUUCUUGACCCUGGGGUCAAAAUUCCGCUACAGUGGCCGCACGCAGGCGCAGACACGAGAAGCAAGCACCCUCAUAGACAGGCCGGCGCCACAGUUUGAGCGCGGCUCUAGUAAGCGUGUCUCGAGGAGCCUAGACGGAGCCCCGAUUGGUGUUGUGGACCAAAGUCUUAUGAAGGAUUUUCCGGGCCCUCCUGGAGAGGGAUCAGUGCCUGGCCCUGGAGUUGUCAGCUAUACUACAGUCCAGGAUGGCCGGAGGGACGGCAAGAGCCCAACUAAAGUCAUACCCCUGCUCGCUGAGGGAAAGAAAAAUACCUUGAGAGUAGACGGGGAUAAUAUUUAUGUCAGACAUAGCAAUUUAAUGUUGGAGGACCUGGAUAAGGCCCAGGAGGCCAUUCUGAAACACCAGGCUAGCAUUAGCGAGCUCAAGCGCAAUUUCAUGGAGUCCACACCCGAGCCUCGCCCCAGUGAGUGGGAGAAGCGGCGAGUCACGCCUCUGUCCUGCCAGAUACUAGCGAGUUCACAUGAGACUCUGAAUGUAGUGGAGGAGAAGCAGCAGGCAGAGGUUGGGAAAGGCGAAAGCGUAAUCACAGAAGAAAUGAAUGGUAAAGAGCUAUCACCGGGGAGUGGUCCUGGGGAGACUCGUAAGGUGGAGCCUAUGGCACACAAAGACUCCACCUCCCUGUCUUCUGAGAGCAGCAGCAGCAGCAGUGAGAGUGAGGAGGACGUGGGCGAGUACCAGCCCCACCACCGAGUGACCGAGGGCACCAUAAGGGAAGAGCAGGAGUGUGAAGAAGAGCUGGAGGAAGAGCCCGGCCAAGGCGCCAAGGUAGUAGAGAGGGAGGCAGCAAUGCCUGAAGCCAUCCCAGACAGACAAGCAGGGGCCAGUGUGCUCCCGGUAGAGACAGAGGCCCAGGAAAAUGUAGUUGCCCAAAAGUUACCUGGAGAGAAGGGUGCACACCGAGGCACUGCUGAGCAAGACAUGAGCGAAGAAGCCGAGGAAGACCAGCACAGAGUUAAUGGAGAGGUGCCCCAUCUUGACAUUGAUGGUUUGCCAGAGAUUGUGUGUUCUGCAGAGCCACCAGUGAUAAAAACAGAGAUGGUAACAAUUUCUGAUGCCUCACAAAGGACAGAAAUCUCCACCAAGGAAGUCCCCAUUGUUCAAACUGAGACCAAAACCAUCACAUAUGAGUCUCCACAGAUUGACGGCGGGGCUGGUGGUGAUUCGGGCGUGUUACUGACCGCACAAACCAUCACAUCUGAGUCCGCGUCAACAACGACCACCACACACAUCACCAAGACUGUGAAAGGUGGGAUCUCAGAAACACGGAUUGAGAAACGCAUUGUGAUCACAGGAGACGCGGCUCUGGAUCAUGAUCAGGCGCUGGCUCAGGCCAUACGGGAGGCCAGAGAGCAACACCCUGAUAUGUCGGUCACAAGGGUGGUAGUGCACAAAGAGACAGAGUUGGCGGAGGAAGGAGAAGACUAAGAAAGUCUUUUUUUAAACAACAUUUAACUUCAUGAAUCUGAAGAACUUUGACCAUUCCAAGUCUUAACGCCACACCACUACUCCAGCAGCAAAAUUAUACUCCGGCAAUGACCAGAAGCCUGAAGAAUUAAAAGCCAACAGCAAACUGUACCUUAACAGCUCUGGUCUCUACUCUCCCCAUACAUAUCUAAUAUAUUAUUGUUUUAUAACCACUUCUAGACAUCUUUGCUCCCCUAUUUUUCUUUCUUUCCCUGCUGUCCUUUUUUUCUUUUCUUUUUUUUAAAAAAGUCUUUGUUUUUUAUUAGGGAUUUGUAUUUGUUUCCUGUCCCUA